CCCAUUCGUGCGCUCAUUCAAGCUCGCUCCCGAGUUGCCAUCAGAGAGAAUGAGCGCACAACACGCGCAGAAAUGGCUGCGGCACGAGACCAGGAUUUAAUGCAAUAAUUCCACAUUUCCCGUGAAUUCCCAUGGGCUGCGAUUUGGGGGAAGUAUUCAGAUAUCUUUUUAUGUACCUUUCAGCACUUUUGCUUCAGUACACAAUCUUUCCAAUCUCAAAAUCCAUGGCUUUUGUUUGAGAAGACAAGACAGCGGAGAGUACACGGGAAAGAAACACCCAAAUUGUCCAACCGUCUCUAUCUGGGGAAGUGAUUUAUUCGUCUCCUCGACUGCUGAAGGAUGUCGUCUGCACGGGUUGAUUAUAUCGCUCCUUGGUGGACUUACUGGCUUCAUCAAUUUCCUCAUGUGAAUCUAAGGUUUCAACCGCUGGAUCACACAUUUAAACCGCAAGAGGAGAACUACCAGCAGUCGCUCAUCUUCCUGGGCUGUGUAGCAGCAGCUGGGCUCGGUGUGAAUCUGCUGUGCCUGGCCAUCUACCUGAGCUGCCUGUGCUGCUGUCGGAAGGAUGAGGAGGAAGAGGAAAGUAAGAAAUCCAACUCUUGCUGUGUCACUUGGGCUGCUGUUGCUGCCGGACUCAUCUGCUGUGUUGCCGUGGGAGUUGGUUUCUAUGGAAACAGUGAAACCAAUGAUGGGGUGUACCAGCUGACCUAUUCCCUCUAUAAUGCCAAUCACACACUGGCAGGAGUGGACAGUUUGGUGACGGGUACUAUGGGAGGCAUGCAGAGCGGCCUAAAUGAGCACUUGUCUCGACUGGGCGAGAUCUUUGCUGCACGGGGAGACUUUGUGCAGACGCUGCAGUUCAUGCAACAGAUGUCAGACAACAUCAUUAAGCAACUGCUGGGGCUUCCUGACUGGGAAAAGGCAAAAGUAGACCUGGCUGCCAUAGCUGAUCAGACUGCAUAUGUGGAGUAUUACAGGUGGUUGACAUACCUCCUAAUACUAAUAUUGGAUCUGGUCAUCUGUCUUGCUGCUUGUCUGGGUCUGGCCAAGCAAUCCCGCUGGCUGCUUACUACGAUGAUGGUGUUCGGGGUUCUGACUCUGAUACUGAGUUGGGCGUCUCUCGGAGCUGAUGUGGCCACUGCAGUGGGUACAAGUGACUUCUGUGUUGCGCCAGACAAAUUUCUAAUGAACCAAACAAAAGACAUAAUCAGCUCAGAUAUUGUGCAUUAUUACCUGUACUGCAGCCAGACUCUCCCCAACCCAUUUCAGCAGUUUGUUUUGCAGUCACUGACUGUCUUCCAGAGAUCGCUGACCACCAUGCAGAUCCAGAUACAGGGUCUCCUGCAGUUUGCAGUGCCUCUGUUCCCCACAGCUGAGAGGGAUUUAUUGAGUAUUCAGCAUCUACUGAAUAAUUCAGAGGCCGGUUUACAUCAGCUCACUGCUCUUCUAGACUGCCGAGGACUUAAUAAGGACUACCUGGACGCGCUGAUAGGUGUGUGUUAUGAUGGUGUGGAGGGGUUACUGUAUCUCUGUCUGUUCUCUCUCCUGGCGGCCUGUGCCUUCUCCGUCAUGCUGUGCGCCAUCCCGAGAGCGUGGCGACAGAUCGCCAACAGAGAUAGAGAUUACGAUGACAUCGAUGACGGGGACCCAUUUAACCCUCAGAGCCGGCGAAUAACGUCCCACCAUCCGCACCAGGGCAACAUGCACAGCUUCUGCAGCUACAGUAGCAGCAUGGGCAGCCAGACCAGCCUGCACCCUCCGACACAGGCCGUGUCCAACGCACCCCUGUCAGAAUAUAUGAACCAGUCUGCGCUGUUUGGUGGAAACCCACGCUAUGAGAACGUGCCUCUGAUCGGGAGGGGAUCUCCUCCUCCUUCGCUUUACUCUCAGCCAUAUAUAAACCGCUACUCUCCAACCAUGAGAGCCACCUACCUCUCCAUGACCGAAGACCAGAUCAGACACUUUGGGGAGGAUUUCCGAGCGUAGAACUGAUCCGCUUUCUUCUGUCAUGCACACGUUUUGUCUGGUGUGAUUCUUCACACUCUGGAAAUAUGGACACAUGGAAAACCCUCACGCCAGCAUGUGUGCGCAUCUUUAUUUGUGUUACAGGACCACGGUCUGAGAGGAGAACAUCGUUUUAAGAGCACUCUGUGUGUGUCCGUAUGGGUGCUUGCAUGUAUGUGUGUGUUUGUUGAUUAUUCUGAUGGUGCGAUGCAUCUUUUCCCUCACUACUGAGGUUCUGAAAUAUCCUGUCUCUAAUAAUGUUUUAUUUGUAUGUUUACGUCAUAUUUUACAUCAAAUAGACUGUUGGUCUUCCCUAUUGCCUUUCAAGUGCAGAAACUGUUCAGUGUGGGUAACAAACACUAUUUUGGACCCACUUUAUAUUGUGUCUUUAACUACUGUGUACUAACAUUUACAUAAAUUAUUUGAUGUAAUGCACUUAUUGUGUAGUGUACAUACAUUUGUACUUAUUUAAAUACUUGCAUGAAAUUACUUCUGUUGUUAAUUUACCUCUAUAAUUCUUUACUUACCCCUUAACCCACCUUUAAACCUAACCAUACCACAAAACCUGUCCCUAUACUUACCCGUAUCCCACCUCAAUAGCAGCAAAAGUGUUUUGCAAUACAAAAUGAACACAAUAAGCACAUGGUACUUAACAGUCACUGUUCUUUUAGAAUUAUUUACAGUGUAAUUAUACAAUUUAGUACUGAGUAAUAUAAUAUUAAUUAACUACAUGUACACACAUAAAUAUAUAUAAGUACAUAGAAGUUAAAGGCACCUAAUAUAAUAUGGGACCAAGUUUUUUCUCUAACCAGAGUACAGUACCAAACCUUAUAAAGGUUAGCCAUUUGUCAUAUUAAAGACUGUACAUAUAAGUGUGGACACUGGUUGAAUUAUUAAUAUUCUGUCCAUUGGACAUUUAGUCCUACAUAGUGUACAGCAUUGCUAGUAUCAACAUAGUAGGUUUGCUAGGUACUUUUCCAAGCGAUUGUUGCUCAUGAAAAGUUGUCUUACGUUUGUUUUUUUAGCUACUGUGCAGUGUGAACUUCAUGAACAUGUCAUCACUUUUUAUGAUGGCUAACUGUACAGAUACUUAUCUUCUUUUUAUCUUCUUAUUUUGAAGUGAAGUCAAUUGUUUUCUAAAUGUCCUUUGUGCCAAGAAUGGAAGCAUGUUUUGUGCCUCUAAAGCCUUUGUUUUCAUUCCCUUUCAUUGCUUUAUUCACUGUGUGUAUCUAUGAUUAACAGGGAUGGGACAUAGAGGAGGGAUAAAAGCUUUUCUGUUUGUUUUAUGCAUGUAGAGGCGUUUUAAAGCACAACAUGAUCACUUUGGGUUUAUAGUGACCAAACACUGUCACAUUCUACCACAAAUGAUGUUUCUAAUAUCCUGAGACUUUCACCUCAUUUCCAGCAAGCACAAAUGACGGGUCGUUUUACCUGGAACUUAAAAUUGCAGACCUUCUUUUCAUACUAAGUGUAGAAAGCACACUGAGCCAAUUUUCUCCCAUGUUGCAAAUGCAUAUGCUUUGAAUUGACCUGUUGACCAGCUGUAAAUAACCUGUAUGGUAACAGAUGUUGUGUGACUAUUUGUAUUUCUUUCUUUGCUCCAUUCUUGAGUGCCAUUCGCAGUAUAUUGUUUGAUAAAACAUGGACGGAUGCUUGCACAGCGUGUCCUCAUUUGAGAUUGAUGGUGGCUUCCGUCUGGUUUAUUGCAUAGUGAUUUUAAUACAUUUUUUAAAACUGAUUUUAAUACUUGGUGCAUGAAUCACACUGUGUUGCAGACACUGAGGGUGGUGCUUGAUUUCUGUCUAACUUAGAGGACAGAAACAUGGAUAUAUAAUAAAAAAUAUUUUGAUUUCAAUUGA